UAGGUAAUAAUCCAUAAAACUCCUUCAUUUUAAUGAUAAUAAUCCCGACGGUAAUUAGUGACUCAUCGACAAAUGUCUAUAGAUACAAAAGAGAAUGUAUGAUUUCGUUUGAAAAAAAAUGUUUAUUUACUAUGAAAAGAAUGAUUAUGUGAAAAAAUGAGCCAGAAAACUCUAGUGUAUAUAGAAAUAUACACUUUCAGGUGAUGAAUAUACAACUUGAACAAAGAUGUACAUAAUAAAUGAGAACAAUGCCUCUUUGGGUUUUCAAAAAUUUCUCAUUAGUUGAAGUUAAUGUUUGAAUUAUGUCAAACAUGGAUAUGUGUGUACGAAAGCUUCCUAAAAAGAGAAAAUUUGAUCCAUCUGAAUUGGAAGAGAACAAUGUUCAGAACUUGGGUACCCCAUGCAUUCCUGUAUCUGUUGUGCAAAGUGUUAUUACUACACCACAGUCAACUGCUGUUGAUUAUUCUUGUCCCCCUAGAUUGAACGAAGGAAGUACAUUCAAUAAUAAACAAAAUGUCGUUGAUUUAAGUGAAUGGUGUGAUCAUCGGGUACUGGCUAAACAGGGUGAUUGGUAUUAUCCAGGAGUCAUUCGGGAUGCUAAUGGAACAAAUAUAACUGUUGCCCUUGAUGGUAGAGACGAAAGAAUACUGCAGUACUGUAACGUACUUGACAAAGAUUGUUAUGACAUAAUAGGAGAUGCUAGUCCCUCUUUCAAUCAGAUAACUCUUGGAGCAAGGGUUUGUGUUAGACAUGACCAGUCGAUGUUUGUAGAAGGUGUAGUUUGUAAAAUAGAACUACAACCUCCAAAAUUUCUAGUUGCAAAAUUAGGCGAGCAGCAUUGCUAUAUCACAGUUAAGAGAUCGGAACUGAGACUUCUUCGGCCACCAUGGUACGAUGAACUAGAGAAUUUGGAAGAGCCAUCUACAAAUAUAAUCUCACCACCACAGCUUCAGCCAGAAUACUAUCCCAGAAAUGUUUCUCCACCUGGAUUACAUACCCCGGUUUCUGUGAGCACUCCAGUGUCAACAUCUAGAAAUUAUGAGGACUUCAACGAGAGUGAAGACGAGCUCAGGAGAGAGGACAUAAUAUUUCCUUCAGAAGGCAAUGAUAAGUUAUCCGGGAGUAGUAAAAGAAGCAGUGUACAUAGUCGAGGUAGCUCCUCUAGCAGCAUAACACCCAGAUCCCAACCGACAACACCAAGAAGCCAAGCUGCCACACCACAUAAGUACAAAAAAGGUGACAUUGUUUCAAAUCCGAACGGUAUAAGGAAAAAAUUUAAUGGAAAGCAAUGGAGACGGUUAUGUUCGAAAGAUGGUACAUGUAAUAAAGAAUCACAACGAAGAGGUUAUUGCUCUAGACACCUCAGUCUUAAGGGUAGUAGUCUUCGAAGUAAUUCAUCAUAUCCCAGAUCUAAUAGCAAAGGAGAUGGUGAAGAUACUUCCAGAGAUUCUGAAACAUCACCUAACUGUAGUGAAAGACGUAUCACUGGUCGUUUUGAUCAAGAUGAAACAGAUGUAGCUAAUAUGUUAGUUUCAUUGGGAAGCUCAAGGUCAGCAACACCAGUUUUUUCACCAAAUGGUCAGGCAACUUCACCCCAUCAUAUGCAGUCACCUAUAACUGUCGGUUCUAGACAAAAUGUCUUCAUGCCUAUUAGUAGCCAUUCCCUUCAGAAAAGGACAUCUCCUGUUCCAACUGGAUAUAAUACUCCUUAUCAUCAGCCUGUGAUACGACCUGAGUUAGUACGACCUGUCCAAGGAACAACUAGCGUUAUAAGAGUUUCUCCAAAUCCAAGACAGUGGAAUUCAGUUACAUCAGAACAGCAGCAGCACAACAUCAUACUUCAACAUGCCCUAAACACCACUGCCCAGUCAAUGGAAAUUGAAUCACAACAAACUCAAGCUUCGAGCACUGUUUAUCGAGUAACACCACAGGCGAUUGAUAGGAAUAUAUUGAUUAUCAAGAAUGAAGACGAUCAGAAGGAUAUUACAUCAUUUCAACGACAGGUAAUUCAAAGUGAUCAUCUUCAAGCUACCUCAACAAUAAGGGUGGCUACUAAUAAUAUCAGCAGUAUAAGUAGUGGUCACACCAAUAAUGCAGGCAUACUUCAGACGAACUCUAUUGGUACUAAUUUGUUACCAACUCAGCUAGUUCCUGUUUUGCCUGCUGCAACUCAAUCGGUUGUGAAAAGAGUAUCAACUGCCACAGUUCAUCAUACACCAUCACCUCCCAUAAUAAUGAAGCAAGAACAAGUUUCACCGAGCCUCAAUAACCAUAAGGAGCAUAUAGUUCAACACGUCAGCACGCCAUCUCAGCAACAUUUAUCGUUGCAAGUUCAGCAACAAAUUAGGAUACCUAUGCAGCAACAGAUGUCACCAUCUACUCCUUGUCUUAAUCAGAACAGGCUGUUGAUGGCUCACCCAAAAGUUUCAACACCAAACAAUAAUAACAAUCAAAUGCAGCAAUCUGCAUUCGUCAUACCUUGGCAUACGUUAGUUCCGAUUUUGACCACAACAACAGGUCCCAUUUCCCCGCCUUCAUCCGAGUUGUCUCCUCCCCUUUCUGCACCUCCUAUACCUCUAUCUAGGACAGGUGGUGAUAUCAACGAUGAGGAACAUGAAAUUGAUUCUUUGCCUGUCACUAUUGAGGAAGAUGAUGAUGUAUUUGAACCUGAAACAACUGAUUCUAUCGAUACGUCUGCUGGAAACAAGAGAAGAAGUCAGAGUCUCAGUGCUUUAUCCAACAGCAAUAAAGAUGGCAGUUUAGUCAAGACCAAAGAUAGGAUAAGAAGACCGAUGAAUGCAUUCAUGAUUUUUUCAAAGAGACAUAGAGCUAUGGUACAUCAAAGACAUCCAAAUCAAGAUAACAGAACUGUAUCAAAGAUAUUAGGUGAAUGGUGGUAUGCGUUAGCUCCCGAACGAAAGAAAAAAUAUCAUGAAUUGGCUUCUGAAGUCAAGGAAGCUCACUUCAAGGCUCAUCCAGAGUGGAAGUGGUGCAAUAAAGAUAGGAGAAAAUCAUCAACUGGUUCAGUAAGAGGUAAGCUGAACUCUUCUAGUGAGAUGGGUGAUAUUGGUGAAGCCUUGCCAAGCCCUCAGGCUUUACAUACCCCCCCACCAAUUAUAGAAGUGCAAAGACCACCUCUGCAGGAACAGGACAAUCCUGGCGAUGGUUCUGAUGAUGAUCAGAUGGUGAUAUGUGAGGACACAGGUCCAGAGAUUGAUCUCAAAUGUAAAGAAAAAGUAACUGAUUCUGAUACGGAAUCUCAUAGUGAUAAUGAAACGGCUGAAAAUAAACAAUAUUCUCAGCAACCUUAUAGUCCAAUUAGUAGCAGCGGUUGUGUUGAUAUUACAUGUAGACCUAAACCUAUUAAAGCUAGGUUAUCUUCUUCAGACUGUCCCAAAUAUAGUCCAGUACCGACGUCCAAUAGCCUUAGUUUACAUUACCAAUCACCUGUAAACCCCAGCGGUGUUUCCGGUUUUCAACCUACAGGGGGCGCUUUUCAAAAGAUGCCGAUUUCUCCCAAAAUCGUCAAAAUGGAAAAAGCAGAAGGCGGCUCAGAAAUAGAAACUUGGUCAGGUGGAGGUUACAAAACUGAUAUCCCUUUGAAUAUAGCUGUCUCGAAAGCAUUAGAUACUUCUAAUAAUCCGUGGAACAGCUUGCCGCCCAGACAUUCUGAACACAAUUUGAGCAAAAUGAACAAUAACCCAACACUUAUACUCAAGCAGCAAGUCAAACCGAAUUCCAUAAUUCACGUGAGCGAUACUCAAAGCAGUCAACCUGUUGUUGCAAUUUUCAAUUCUACCGCGAUUGGUACAAGACCUACUGGAUUAUGUUUGACUAAUGAUCCUGAAAGAUCUCAACCUGUAGUUAUGGUUUCUUCAUCGGCCUCUGAUCAUCCAGUGCAAUAUGUUAUGAUGCAGAAUUCUUAUGCCAUAUCGAUGGGAGAUUCAGGUGUUAGAGGCUUAUUGCCAACUUUACAGAUAUUACCAAAAGCAGCGCCUACACAGUCCGUUAUUGUAAAUCAGCAGCAGAACAAAAUUCUAAACACUUCUCAGGCUGAUUACGUCCAGAGUAGUCAGUUAUGUGCCACUACUACAUUCGCGAACAAUACAGGAGUAAUGCUAAGGAUAGACCAACAAAAAGAUUUGCAUUCAACUGAUAGUGAGUUUAAUCCUUCGCAAAGCGAAGUUCCUCAAUCACCUCACUUGAAUAAUUCAGAAUCUUCAUCGGUGUCGGAAGGAAAUAAGGAAUUCAAGCUUGCCCCCACUCCAGCGCAGUUAGGUAAAGCCCCCUUGCAAAGGCGUCAAUCUUUAGCUGUCUUUAGUAACGUAAAUCAGGUUCAAAGUUCCAAAGAAAAUUCUCCGCAUAAUCCUGGUAACGAACAGCAAAAUCAACAGGAACAACAAUUAAUACCGCAACAGCAAUCGAUGGAGGGACCUCUAACAUCUCCGUCUCAGAAAAAAAGUUUUUUCAAGAGGAAUAUAGAAGAUGGGAUGGAUAGAGUGUUGGAGCAAGUCAAUUUCCAAAAGAAAUUUUCUUCUUUGCCUCAGUUCAAGCCUGAGGAAUGUCAGUCGCCAAGUUCAAUAACAGCACAGAGCCCUGGCUUAUUUAACUACAAAAAAGCGAGAAAUCUGCAUAACACAAAUCGUUUGUCGGUUGAAGAAGAAUCGGAACCGGAAACUCCUCAAUCUGUUCCCAAAUCUGCAUCUUCUUCAAAGCCCAUAGUUAUUGGCAAUCAGUUCUUUGGACCAGAUUUCAAUAUAGAGAACGUUAGAGAGUUAACAGAUAUGGGCGAGGGUAAUUCUCCUAGGACACCUAGAACGCCUGGAACUUCUAGGGAAUCGGAUAGGGGUCAUCGCAAGAUAUUAGAACAAAGGCGUCAGUUGGUGCUCCAGUUGUUCAAAGAACAUAAUACCUUGUUUCCUUCGACACAAGCUACAUCUACAUUCCAAGCACAGCACUUGGAUAUAUUCCCAAACAAAAUGAGUCUGCAAUUAAAAAUUAGGGAGGUUCGACAGAAAAUGAUGGCUCAUAAUAAUCUUACACCGCAUAGUGCAAAUAGUCAAAGUAGUCCUUUAACACCUGCCGAACCUGUAAGAGUUACAUCCAGCAGUUAGCUAGCAAUGUGCAAUAGUGUUUUGUCUUCCUUUUCAUACGUUAUUCUUAAACUGACUGAAAAUGACAAUUAGUAAUCGUAAAGCUUUAUCAACAGAGUUUAUUUAUACAAGUAGCAUAAAAAACAUAAAAAGCAAUAGAGAAUCAACAAAAAAAAAUUCAUCUGCUUGAAAUUUCUACAAUUUUAUUGCAUCCAUUGAUGAAGUCUAAGCUAUUUCACCUAUACAUUUUUUUUCCCUUUCAUAUUUCACAGCAAUGGAAUGUAAGCCAUUUGGAAGGUGUGCAAUUUUAAAUUUUUUUAAAUUUAUUACGAAAUUUCAAAUUUUUCAUUGAUUAUAGACUGUAAAUUAACCCAAUCCCCACAAUCUAAAUCUAAACAAUAAGUAAAAAAAAAUUCCUAACAGUCAUGAACGCCAUAAUGAAUUUCACUUUACUUCAACUCUUAUACUUCUCAAUUUUUUGUGAUUUUAUGCAAGAAUACUUAUGACUUAUUCAGAAGAUACAAAUCAGAGUUUACGUUUGUAUACUAUUAAAUUAAACAUAUCGCAAUUGGAACUUAAUAGAAUUUCGAUUUUUUUUUUUUCCAUAUUUUUAUUAAGGAAUGCCUGCUUUUUACGUAUGAAGGUACUAAAAAGUUAGAAAGUGUCUAUUGAAUAUAUGUAAAUAUUAUUUCCGAAAUCAAAUUGAAAAAGAAUGUUUGCUAAAUACACACAUCAAAAGUUUAAGGAAUUUAUUUUCUUCUCUGUUCAAAUUUUUGUUACUUGUUAUUACAUCUUGAUGCUUCAGAAAGUCAAUUUUAUUUUAAAAGAUGACAAAUAAUUUUUUUCAAUUUGAUUUAGAAGCAAGUAAAAUGACAUGUAGAUAAAUUUAUAUAAUUGUGCAUAACGGCUAUUUGAGAUCUGCUUAGUAUACAAUCUUAUUUUUUUGACAAUAAAAUACCAAUACCUAAUUUUAUCAAAUUUUUCAGACAAAAAUUAGUUUAUUUUAUGUAUUGGUAUUUUGUUUUUAAGAAAAAAACAAUUAAAUUCAAGGAGAUAAAUGAAAUUUUGAAAUGGAGAAUCACUAGAAUUUUCGGAUUGUUAUUAGAAUUUACAUCAAUUUUUCUAAAUAUUGAAAUAUAAAUAUUUGGGAAAUUUUGAGUCUGAAGUACUUGAAACAUAAUUUCAUUUCCGCAAAAUUCAUUCAAUAUUAAGAUAAAUUUCCCCGAUGUAGAGAUUAAAACAAAAUUCAUUUUGCAGAAAUAUAAUUUUAAUUUGAAGUAAUAAUUGUCAAAUUCAGAAAACUUGAUUAUAACCAUCUAGAUCAUACGUUCAAAUAUCCGAAUUUUUGUUUAACAAAGCAGAUCUCUCAUGGUAAACGCACAUAACUCAGUCAGUUAACAGGGCAAUAUAAAAGACGGAACCAAGAGUGUUUCACUCACUUUAUAUUGUACAGAUUACAUUGAAAAGCCUUCAUUAAAGCACAAUUGUUGAAAAGAAUCUGUUGUUGUAUAGUGAUAUAGUAUCAAGUGUAGAAAAUAAUUGUUAACACUGAUGUUCUAAUGAAUAAGUAAUUCUGAUUGAACUGUGCUUAAGGUAGUUAUAUUAUGAUAUCAAGACAUCAAUGAAUAGUGAAUUUCAAUAGUUGUUAUAAAUAAUAAAUUUCAGGAUUAAACUGCAACACCAGAUAAAGAGAAAACGUCUCAAAAUCUUCGAUUUUUGUUGAACUACGUAAAUACUCCAUAGAGUGAAAAAAUUCGGAACUUUCUAGCUGUAGUUUAAUUUUGCCUCAAACUACGGUAAGCAUCUCCAGCGAUUUUUUGUUCAUAUAUUGUAACUACAAUGAAUUUCUUCUAAUUGAUUUUCUUGUCCGGAUAUCGUAUUUAUGUUUUCCUUAAGGUGAGUUGGGGAGUAGAUGGUUUAUUCUAUCCUGUUGAUCUGUCUUUCAGAACAGAAAUACUGAUACACUAUCUAGUUACAAUCUACGACCGAGAAAUCUCUAAAGAUGCUAACUGCAGUUAUAGUCGAAACAAGCGAAAAUAUCUGGCUGUGAAAGCUUUCAGCAUUAUGCCUAGUUACCGAUAACGUUUACAAAUUAUAUAUAAUUCUAAUAGAAAACAAAGGGCUUUCAUGAUAUUCUAGAAUUGAGAUGUUUUACUUUUUCUUAAUAUUUCAAAAAACUGGAAUUUAUACAUUAUCGAAAUUUUUAUUCUAUGACUUCUGGCAUGUUGCUUAUUUCCUUCGCAAUUCUAUUUACUGUGACCCUUCUUUAUGCUAUUUUGAAAGUUGUCAGCUGAAUUAACUUUAAUAAUUUUGGUGCUACUUCACAGAAAUAUGUGUAUUUUCGACCUUUUUUUGCUCUAUCAAUAUUCUAAAUUUGUUUUAUCAGCAAUUAUGGUGUAAGGUCUGAAGGUACAACAUAUUUUCUGUUUUUUCGUGUAAUCAGUUCUGUAGGACAGGUGCGUAGUUCUGGCUUUAUUUUUUUAGUUAUGUUAAUGUUUGAAUCACUUUGUUACAGAAUUUGAUAAAGCAAUUCGAAAACACCAUUUGUAGUUUAUAAAGAGUUGUAUAUUUAUUGUUGUAUUUUUUUAAUGUUCUAAAAUAUUUGUAAAUUAUAUUUCAUAAAUUGUUUGUUUUGAUGCCAAUGUAGAUAUUUUGAAGAUUUAUCAUCAAAAGUUUCAGUUUUUAACAUGAAAAUAUGCUGAUUUUAACAAUAUAUUACACUUAUUAUUAUAAUUUGAUACCUUUGAUACGGUAAUAUCUUAUUUUUAUUAUCACUGUAUUGAUAAAUUAUGUGAUGUACUUAAUUAUAUGAUCAUCUUUAUUUUUGUAUAUAUGCUAGAUUGAAUCGACUUUUAUUUUUGGUUGAAUACAAAUUUAUGUAAGCAUUUGUUGCUUAAGAAAAAAAGUUGGAUGAUGGAAACAGUCUUCAUAUUCAAUCACAUAAUUAACUUGUUAAUGAAACACAAAACUUUUUUUUCUAGUUGGCAAAAGAAGUAUUGUGCAGGGAAAUUAUAUAAUUAUUGCUCAACUGAUUUCAUUUGCUUCCAUAUUUUUUUCGGCGCUAGAUUUGAAGGUUUUUGUUUCUUGUUGAUAGGUAUUGAUGUAGUGAAGAUUUGUGUUGAUGGCAGGGGACUACUUUAAAUCAUCUAGAUGUAUCAGAUGAAAUAUUAACCCUCCAAAGUAAUGAAUGACUCCAAUAGUUGGUCAUUAUUGUUACAAAGUGUUAGCAUUUUAUAUAGCAGAUUGAUCUCGUUAGUGAAAACACAUAGUGUAUAAAUAUGAUGCACAUUUGGUGUUCUGAUUUGAGCACAUAAUUACAUUUCAUGUAAAUAAAUACACUUAUAGGUACCAUUUGUACUAUCAUAUUCUAUUUUAUUUAAAGAAACCCAUUGUAAAGAUCACAUCUAAAUCACAAUAAAUGUAACAGUGUU